GAGGACCAGCGCCUCCUCUAUGAGGGGAGGCCGCCUGUCGGGGUAUUAAUUGGUAUUAUGACAACUACGAAAGGUUGAAGAGGCGGGGGGAGGAAAUAGAGAAAAGCACGUGCGAGUCUUCCGCGCACAGUUCUGUCGCUAGAUUAAUGGGAUGGAAUCGGCACCACUGCACGAUGCACUGGCACGCUUCAACGACAACUGCAAGGACUUCUUUCACCCGUGCACCGUUGCUGAAAUCACGGAGCAGCCGAGCCCACUGGAGUUUCACAGGCGCUGGGUUUCAGCCAACCUGCCUCUCAUCAUACGAGGCGGCGCGUCUCACUGGGCUGCUGUGAAUAAAUGGACUCGUACCUACCUGAGGGAAAAAGUUGGGGACUUAACGGUCACCGUGGCUGUCACUCCGAAUGGGUUUGCGGACGCUGUGCACGGAAGUGUGUUCGUGACUCCUGAAGAACGUGUCAUGAAAUUCGCCGAAUUCCUGAACAUUCUCGAAGCCCGUGAACGCUCGAAAGCGGUGUUCUAUAUUCAGAAGCAGAACUCUAACUUCACCGACGAGUUCAGGAAGCUUGCGGAUGACGUUGAGAGUGACGUUUGCUGGGCGACAACAGCAUUCGGUAAGGCGCCCGACGCGGUCAACUUCUGGAUGGGCGAUGAGAGGGCCAUCACUUCCAUGCAUCGCGACCACUACGAGAACAUCUACUGUGUUGUUUCGGGCCACAAAGACUUUAUCCUGCUACCACCGACAGAUCUGCCGUGGGUGCCUUACGAAAAUUAUAAAACUGGACAAUUUCGCGAAGUCGCCAACGGUCAGUUUGAUAUAAUCGGUUCAGGUGAUGAUUCAUCAGUGCCAUGGAUUCCCCUAGAUCCAGAAAACCCGGACUUCGACAGAUAUCCACAAUAUCGACAAGCAUCACCAGUCAAAUGUAGAGUCAGCGCUGGUGAUAUACUCUACCUGCCGAGCCUGUGGUUCCACCAUGUCCGACAAAGCCAUGGAUGUAUCGCGCUCAAUUACUGGUAUGACAUGGAGUUUGACAUCAAGUAUUGUUAUUACAAGCUUCUGGAAGAUUUGUCACUGACGAGUAAAAAAAUGUUGAAAUAGUUUA